AUGGAGCGCGACGACCUCGAGCUCACGGAGCGCCCAUUCGCCAAGGGACACGACAAUGGUGCCGUCACUGUAAAGAAGGCCAGAACAGAGCUUCUCCCAAAGCACGAGCGCGACAGAAUACGACGGCACAAGGAAGCCCGCAGAGACUAUGGCCGUGGCAGCAGGAUUGACAUCAAGGGUAUCAAGGACAAGAAACUACGGCGCAACUUGAAAGGGUUGGAGAGCAAGUACAAGGAUGCUGCUAUUGCUGCCAAGGACGCCGAAAUCCUGCUUGAAAACGAUGCCGGUUUCCUGGAGCCAGAGACUGAGCUUGAGCGAACAUACCGAGUGCGCCAGGAGGAAAUCCAAGAGGGCGUCUCUGCCGGAACGGCCAAGAAGAGAUUCGAGCUCACACUGAACGAAUUGGGACCAUAUUGCUUCGAGUACGAUCGCCCUGGCCGGAAUAUACUGCUCGGUGGCCGCAAGGGCCAUGUAGCGUUGAUGGAUUGGCGUGCUGGCAAGCUCAAGUGUGAGCUGCAGCUGGGAGAGACGGUUCGCGACGUUCAGUUCCUGGCCGACCAGUUCUUUGCUGUCUCACAGAGGAAAUAUGUUUACAUCUACGACAGCAAUGGUGUAGAAAUACACUGCAUGCGGAAGCUGCAAGAAGUUUCCCACAUGGAAUUUCUCCCUUACCACUACUUGCUAGCCACAGCCGGUUUGUCGGGUUAUCUCAAGUGGCAAGACGUUUCGACUGGGCAACUCGUAACAGAGAUUCCCACCAAGCUUGGUCCGCCUACGGCCAUGUCCCAGAACCCAUACAAUGCCGUAAUGCACGUAGGUCACCAAAACGGAACAGUAACACUCUGGUCCCCCAAUUCAACCGAGCCAUUGGUGAAGUUGCUUGCACACAAGGGUCCUGUCAGAUCUUUGGCCAUGGACAGAGAGGGCAGGUACAUGGUGUCAACUGGCCAAGAUCGGAAAAUGGCUGUCUGGGACAUCCGUAUGUUCAAGGAAGUCAAUAACUAUUUCACACGCACACCUGCUGCAUCUGUGAGCAUAUCAGACCGAAAUCUUACGGCUGUUGGCUGGAGUACAUCGACAACCAUUUGGAAGGAUUUGUUUGUCAAGCAUAAAGCCGACCAAGAAAAGGUCCAAUCACCAUACAUGGCUUGGGGUGGAGAGGGCAAGGCCGUAGAAAGGGUCAGGUGGUGCCCAUUUGAGGAUACACUUGGUGUAUCCCACGAUGAGGGAUUCUCGUCGAUCAUCGUUCCUGGUGCUGGUGAAGCCAACUUUGAUGCUUUGGAAGUCAAUCCGUUCGAGACCGCCAAGCAGCGACAAGAAUCCCAGGUGAAGGGUCUGCUCAACAAGUUGCAGCCCGAGAUGAUUGCGCUCGACCCCAACUUCAUCGGAAAUUUGGAUCUCCGCAGUGAGAAGCAACGACAAGCCGAGCGGGACUUGGAUGCCAAGCCCGUCGAUAUCGAGACAGAGAUGAAGAACCGUGCUCGCGGAAAGAACUCUGCCAUGAAGAAGUACAUGAGAAAGCAGCGGUCCAAGAACAUCAUCGAUGAAAAGAGAAUGAAGAUAGAUCAAAUCUGGGAGGAGCAGAAGCAAAAGAAUCAGCAAAAGCAUCAAGAGCAGGCCACGGAGCUCGGUCCCGCUCUUGGUAGAUUUGCCAGGAAGGAAUAA